AUGGCUAAUGGAAACUUAGGAGACUACUUGUCAGAGGGCUACAUUGAGAGUAUUAGUUUGAUUCUGACAGGGAGGAGAGACGGGAGAGUAUCUAUGGCUGCAAACGUAAGACCGAACAUAAUCGACACAGAUUUCAGUCUCGACCAAAUGAUCGAUGCCUUCUCUUCUAAAGGCUUGUCUAUUCAAGAUCUCGUCGUUCUCUCUGGAGCACACACGAUUGGGGCUUCGCAUUGCAACGCAUUCAAUGGAAGAUUCAAACAAGGCUCAAAAGGGAGUUUAGAGCUGAUCGACGCGUCUCUCGACAAGUCAUACGCAGAGACACUAAUGAACAAGUGUUCGUCUUCAGAAUCUUCGUCAUUGACGGUGAGCAAUGAUCCGGAAACAUCUUCGACAUUCGAUAAUCAGUACUAUAGGAAUCUGGAGACGCACAAGGGUUUGAUUCAAACGGAUUCUGCACUGAUGGAUGAUGAUCGAACGAGGAAGAUGGUGGAGGCACUGGCGAGUGAUGAGGAAAUCUUUUUUCAUAGAUGGAGUGAGUCAUUUGUGAAGCUGAGUAUGGUUGGUGUGAGAGUUGGUGAAGAUGGUGAGAUUAGACGUACUUGUUCUGCCGUUAACUAAAAUCAU